AUGGGAUGGAUGAAAUUUUUGGCUGUUGUACCGUUGGUAAAAGAAGCAUUCAAUGCAGGUCUUGAAAUAAUAGAUGACAUAAGAUCGGAUCCAACACGAAAAAUUGAUGCAUUGAAAAAAGUGAGUGCAGAAAGUAAGCAGAAACACGAAGAAGCAAUGAGAAAGUUGAAAGAGGGUCAAGAGGAAUCAGAAGCUGCGUUCCGAAGAAGAGAAGAAGCUGCAAAUGAGAGGAUUCGAAUCCAGAAGGAAGAGAAUGAUAAAGUAGUAAACGCAAAGACGGAGAAGAUCAGAAUAAAUGAAGAGCAACAUGACGUGGAAAUGAAGAAAAUGAAUGAUGAACACUCGAAAAAAGUUCUGGCAAUGAGGUCAGAAUCGAAAGAAGCCCGGGACAAAGCGGAGAUGGAGCAUCGAAUGAAAGUUGAUAAAAUGGAAAAUGAACACAAAAAUGAGAAGCGAGAGGCUGAGGUGGAACUUAAAAAAAUAAAGGAAGAAGGUCAAUUGAAAAUCACACAAGCUGAAGAAGAGAAAGAUGCUGUAAGCAAAGAAAGGAACAAAGAGCUGAAUCUAUUUAUCGAAGCUUCUAAAGAGCUACACGAGAUCAAUCAGCAACAGAUUAGGGAGAUCAGCAAGAGAAAUAACGAAUUUCGUUUGGAAAAUUGUCUUCCCCAACAUAAUGAAGAACCAACCAUAAUUCCAGGAGAGCUUGAUGAAGACUUUAGAAGUAUUCGAUCAGCAAAAAACUGUUUUGAUUACAGUCAGAGGAUGUUCAGACAGUAUUUGAUUAACACCAAUCUCACUGAUCGGAGACUAUAUGAUACUUGCUCUAAACUGAUAACCGACAUGUCAAAUUUGAUGAAUGCUGAUGAAUUGUUAUCCAUCUGUAAUAAUCUCCCAAAAGCGAUCGAUAAUGAUCGACUGGAAGUUGUCAAGAAAUAUGGGAAAACUGCCGAUAGUCUUUAUAACGAGUUUUCCACUCUACGAAACAGUUUGGAAAACGGGUUUGAACAGCUCCAAAUUAGUCAUCUACCAAGCGCUCCGAGUUCUCAGCACAGAGCUAUUGAGCAGUAG